AUGUCAUCAAAACCACAGCUUCAUAAGAAAGCAUUAACAUCUCCAUAUGUUAGCACUACGGAUAUCAUCCGAACAGACGUUAGUGGAAAAAUUAGUUGGGAUGAAGAGUGGCUAGACUAUUGUCCAAUAGAGUAUACCGCUCAAAUAGUUUUUAAUAGUGCAACAAAAGCUCAACCAGAGUGGGCUGAUGAUCCUGAUCCGCAAUCAGUUAAAGGCUUUAACAGAAGAGACGGUGAGAUCGAUCGCAGAAGUCACAUAGGAACAUAUGAAGUUGAUUUGAAAUAUAAAGAUCAACCAGACAUAACUUAUCCACGUAAUCCUGUUGGUCGAACGGGAAUGCGUGGACGAGGAUUACUCGGUCGAUGGGGUCCGAAUCAUGCAGCAGACCCCAUUGUUACAAGAUUGUCGAAAGUUGCCGGUAAAGGAGUCGUCUUAGAAUUUAUUGGUAUAAAGCGAAAGGAUACGGGUGAAAUUGCACUGCCUGGCGGGAUGGUUGAUCUGGGUGAACCAAUAUCAGUAACCUUGAGACGAGAAUUUGAAGAAGAAUGUUUGAAUUCACUUGAAACAGCACCACAUUUAAGACAAAAUAUUGAUGCUUUGAUGAGAGAACAGCGUCCGAUUUACAAAGGUUAUGUUGAUGAUCCACGUAAUACUGAUAACUCAUGGAUGGAAACAGAAGCGGUCGAGUUUUUCGAUAAAAAUGGCGACUUGACAAGAGAUCUCAAACUUGAAGCUGGCUUUCCGUAG